AUGACUGAUCCAGCUUUUCUCUUCAACAAUGGAUAUGUCGACUACUAUGACUGUAGCUUCAACUAUUCCACUUCUCUCUCACACAUCUACAACUCUCAUGGGAACUUAUAUUACCCUCACCAUACCACAGACCCAGUCAUCAACACAACAAAGCCUAAUUCUACAUUACCUGACUCUCCUCCACUUAGAGAAGCUCUUCCUCUUCUUAGCUUAAGCCCCAUUCAUAAGCAUCAAGAACCUAUUGUUCACCAUCAUGAGUACUAUUUAGUGGAGACGACAGAAACUUCUUCUAAUUCAAACUUUCUCGACCAGUCCCAAGAAACUCAUAAUCAUGAUGUAACCGUGGAUCUUCAUCUAGGGCUACCAAACCUUGGUGGUAGCGGGAGCAGCAGCAGCGAUAAUGUCCUUCAUUCCACCGACGACCAAAAGCAUCAUCAUGAUUAUCAUCAAGAUCGUCAUCAAGAUCAAGGAGUAGAAGUUCAACUUGCUUCCCAUGAUGAUGGCUAUGGUGGUUUGCAACGGGGUGAUCAUCAUUAUCAUCAUCACUAUUGGAUCCCUACUCCUUCUCAGAUUUUGAUGGGUCCUACACAGUUCUCUUGUCCUCUAUGCUUUAAGACCUUCAACAGAUACAACAACAUGCAGAUGCACAUGUGGGGACAUGGCUCACAAUACAGAAAAGGACCGGAGUCGCUAAGAGGGACACAACCAACGGCGAUGCUGAGGCUGCCGUGCUACUGCUGCGCACCGGGAUGCAAGAACAACGUUGACCACCCGAGGGCAAGGCCGCUCAAGGACUUCCGUACGCUUCAAACACAUUACAAGCGGAAACACGGUGUGAGGCCCUUUGCUUGUCGUAGGUGUGGAAAGGCUUUUGCGGUCAAAGGAGACUGGAGGACGCAUGAGAAGAACUGUGGGAAGCUUUGGUACUGCUCAUGUGGCUCGGAUUUUAAGCACAAGAGGUCGCUUAAGGACCACGUCAAGGCUUUUGGGAACGGUCAUGUUCCUUGUUGUGGCACUGAUUGCUUCGGCGAGCAUGAGGACGAGGAGGCUGCUUCUGAUGUCGAGCAGCAAGAAUGA